AUGAAGAUCUUCAACAUCCCAUUGCUUCUUACCAUAGCUGCCGCGUUGCCCAUUGGAAGCUCCUUCAAAAAGCUCGAAGUGACCAGGCCUAGUCCUGAGGUUGUUCUUCCAGAUACAAAAGACGUGGUUCAGAAACAGUCAGUGGCGUCAAUGGAUUCAGCGUGGGGGUCGUUUAUACGCAAUGCCAAAACCGCCAAAGGCGUCUUAAAGGCAGAGCUCAAGCUGCAUUUCAUUGAAAAGCCUAAAGCUGAAUUGCAGGCUAUAUGGAAUGAAGCCACUGCAGACCAAAGCACCAUCACGAUUGCUGGCGAACACUACGACAGCGAAUCCGAUUGGGAUUCUGGGUUUGGCGAUGAUUCUGACAGCGAAAGCGACGACGACUCCGACGAAGAACAACCUUUAUCUUCCAGCUCUACACGCAAAUCACUGCCUGCCUAUAUCAAGGCCAAUAUGAGAGACUUCUCUUUCCAGCCGUACGUCCGUGCCCGGCCUCCACCAGCAAGACUGAUCUACGACAAACGGUCAACAAAGAGAGACUACGAAUUUUAG